UUUGAGAUUUGGUGAAAAAAAGUUUUGAAAUAUAAAUUUGAAAGGAUUAUUUGGUAGAUCAAUCAAAACAUUAGCCAGAAAAGGGUUUGUUUAAGGAUCCAACCCAACAAUCACGACGGAUCCAUCAAAAGACACAAGGGGUUGCUAUUGUUUUGCUGGUCUGGAGUGCAUAUUAAGCAUUAUCAGGGCCCUCAGAAUGGGGUCCUGCUUAUCUGCUGAAAGCAGGAGCCCUCUCCCUGGUUCGCCUUUGUCCCCUCAUUUGGCGAAUAUGAAGAGGAGGAACUCGAGGAAGGGGCUCGGCUCUCGGAGUUCUUCCUUCGAUUACAGGAAGGACGAACCCUUACAUAGGAUUCCUUGGAGGUUGUUCUUGAAUGGAUCCACUGAUGUUUCUUCACUCUAUACUCAACAGGGCAAGAAAGGAACCAACCAGGAUGCCAUGAUUGUUUGGGAGAUUUUUGUUCAAGAACAGAUACAGUUUUGUGGUGUUUUUGAUGGCCAUGGUCCGUACGGUCAUUUGGUUGCAAAGAGAGUCAGAGACCGCCUUCCCUUAAAACUGAGUGCUCACUGGGAUGUUAAUAUAUCCAGUGAGGAUGCUUUCGGUUUGAACGCAGCAGGAAGCACGAACUCUGAAGAUAUGGAUCUUUUGUCAGUUGAUGAGGGAUCUAGGGCUUCUGAAGAUCUUAAAGAAACAGAUAAGCACCCAGAUUUGUUUGAGACUCUUAAAGUGUGUUUUCUCAAGGCUUACAAAGCAAUGGACAGGGAACUUAGAAUGCAUCCGAGUAUUGAUUGCUUCUGCAGUGGGACGACAGCUGUAACUUUGGUCAAGCAGGGUCCAUACCUUGUCAUUGGAAAUGUUGGGGACUCGAGAGCUGGGCUGGGUACAAGGGACAAAGAUGAUUCACUUACUGCAGUUCAGUUAACUGUUGAUCUUAAACCGAAUCUUCCAGCGGAAGCAGAGAGAAUUCGAAGAUGUAAAGGUCGUGUAUUUGCUCUUGCGGAUGAACCUGAGGUGACCCGAGUUUGGCUACCAAACAAUGAUUCACCUGGCCUUGCUAUGGCUCGGGCGUUUGGAGAUUUUUGCUUGAAGGAUUUUGGCCUGAUCUCCAUGCCUGAAGUAUCUUAUCGGCACCUAUCGGAGAAAGACGAAUUUGUUGUCUUGGCAACAGAUGGGAUAUGGGAUGUUCUUUCGAAUAAAGAAGUGGUGGAUAUUAUAUCGUCGGCCCCAGCUCGUUCAUCUGCGGCUCGAGCAUUGGUUGAGGUAGCAGUCCGAGCUUGGAGAUAUAAAUACCCAACUUCAAAAGUCGAUGAUUGUGCUGUUGUUUGCCUCUUCCUUGAUUCGAACUUGAACAAUUUGUCGAUUGCUUCUAAUGCCAAGACCAAAGUUGACGAUGUCGAUGACAACGAGAAAGAAAAUCUCGAUGUAUUAACCCCUCUCAUCCAGUCCGGGACGGUUGAAGAAACACUUGUUGAUGACAAUGAAGAUGGCUCAAAGCACGAGGAGAUGAAUUCGGAUGGAGGAGUGGAUUGGUCGGCCCUGGAAGGAGUGUCUCGUGUCAAUACGCUUGUGAAUCUCCCAAGGUUCAUUCCGGAAAAGGAGGACAAGGAGAGCUUUCUCAAGUAAGUAAGGUCCGUUUAGUGCUUUCUUUUUCCCGUUUUGUAA